AUGGGCCGCAGUUAUCGCACUUACCUCGCUGGCGAGACGGUUUAUGUCUGUCGCUCAUGCGGUAACCACCUCGCCGUGCAGGAGAGUGUCAUGAGUAAGAACUUCACCGGCCAGCACGGCCGAGCGUACCUCUGUCGCCAUGUCGUCAACGCCUAUACCUCCGCAGAGGCUGAGGACCGUACCAUGCGGACAGGCAAGCAUACCGUGCGCGAUUUAUUUUGCCGCGUGUGCCAUCAGGUCCUAGGGUGGAAGUAUGAAUUUGCGUACGAGCCCACCGAAAAGUACAAGGAGGGCAAGUUUAUCAUUGAGCGCGAGAUGAUCUACGAGUGCCCAGAGAGGAAGCGCAACGUGGACAAGCCUGUCAUUGAGGUCAUUCAGGAAGUCAUCACCAGCCAGGUCCCAGUGGGUCGCGGCUAG